UGUACGUCGCUAUACAUAACGUCAUGGUUAAGUGCGUAAUAACUGACUUGUAAUUAUUGAUUUAAAUAAUAAUUAAUUUAAAAAACACAUAAACAUUAAUUUCUUUUAAGAAUUUUCGUCAUUCUAAAAAUAUUAUUCCUAUAAGUGUUAAUAAAAUAACUCCUAACUAUUUCAAAUUUUACAAUUUGGAUAAACAAAGAGGAAUGUAUCAGAAAAAAAUAAUUAAGAAAGUACCAGGUGAUUUACCACCUCCUCCCAAGAAAGAAGGUCAAGGGUACAUAGAGGAUUUAAAAAACAAACAAAAGUUUGAACUAGAAGAAUUAUUAGAAAGACAAAAUAAAAUUCUUAGUAAUAAAACAUUUGUAUUAAAGCUGCCAGACAAAGGAGAAAAGAUCAAAUCUUUUCGUGAUAAAAUAUUAAAAGAACUAGAACAUAAAAAUGAAGUUGAGCAGGCAGUUAAUCUUUUGUCAAGAUUAAACUUAGCAUCUGAAGGUAAAGCCGCUAUAAAUAAAUUAGAAUGGACAGGCAAAUAUAGUGAAACCAAAGAUACUGUCAAAAUUGUUGAACUUGAUAGCGAUGAUGAUGAAGAAGAUCCCUUAAAAAUAUUAGCUCAACCUACAGGAUAUGGGGUUCAUAAAAAAAAAAUUACGCAUCUUCCACCGGAAGAAAGUUUAAUUAAGCCAGAAGAUUUGGUAGAAAUAGAAUCUUUUAAGACAAAAACUCCUGAGCACAUUACAUAUAUUGUUAAUAAAAUUGAACAGCCUCGAGAAAACAAUGAUAAAAAGAGAGAACCAUUCAAGCCAUAUAGAACAACCAAGUCUGAUGUACAUGAUCCAGAAAAAGAAAAACUGAGAAAACAGAAUAAACAUUGGGAAGUUACAGCAGCAACCCCACCUCUUAUAGUUCAUGGUGCUGUAAAAGUCAUCAAUUUAACUGAAUCCCUUCAGUUACAAAAGGAACAAACUGUAAAACUUCAAGAGAUUCAAGCUAAACACGCAGCUGAAAGAUUAGCUGAUCAAUUUGGUUUACAUAACAUUGGUCCUCCACCAGAAAAUGUAGGUACUUAUCGCCUACAAGAUGAAAAAGUAUCCGAUCUUUCUAUUUCAGAAGACGAAGAAAAUGAAGUGUAUGAUGAUGAAGAUAAUGAUAAAGCAGGAACUGUUGUUUUUACAGUAGAUAGUAUAGAAAGCUAAUUAAUUCAUCUUAUUUCUCUCACGUAUAUUAUGUAAAUAUGUUUAUGAAUAAAUCUUACAUCUUAAGAAACCUA